AUUAAAUCACACUCCCGGUCACAACCCGGCGGACACUGUAACAAUGGCGGCUUCGAAGAUGGUAAUGGCAUCUCUAACCCACUACCGUCCACUCACAUGCGUCGCUUCUUCUUCGAUCAAUCGUAUAGUCCCUAACCCACCCGACCUUAUCAAAUGGGUCAGGAAUGAAGGUGGGUUCGUUCACCAGGCAGUGAAAAUAUCAGAAGAAGGAAAUAAUGGGUUUGGUUUAAUUGCAUCUGAACCAAUUCCAAAAGGGUCCGAAAUUAUUGUUUUGCCUGAUAGUAUACCGUUAAAGUUUGAAUUGGAGGGUGCAGAUGGGUCUACGGCUGUUUUGGUUAAUUUGGCUCAGAAAGUUCCUGACGAACUCUGGGCUAUGAAAUUGGGUCUAAAGCUUCUGCAAGAAAGAGCAAAGGUUGGAUCCUUUUGGUGGCCGUACAUCAGCAAUCUUCCUGAAUCAUACAAUGUGCCGAUCUUUUUCCCUGGGGAGGAUAUAAAGAACUUACAGUAUGCUCCUCUUCUUCACCAGGUAAAUAAAAGAUGUCGCUUUCUUCUUGAUUUUGAGAAAGAACUUAAGCAGACACUGGAAAAGCUAAAAUCAGAAGAUCAUCCUUAUGGGGGUCAAAACAUAGAUGCAUCCGCACUUGGAUGGGCAAUGUCAGCAGUCUCAUCUAGGGCAUUCCGUCUGUAUGGAAAAAAGCUCCCGGACGGAACCCAUAAUGAUAUCCCCAUGAUGCUUCCUCUCAUUGAUAUGUGCAAUCAUAGCUUCAAUCCAAAUGCACGAAUUAUGCAAGAACAAGAUUCAGUAAAUGCUAAAAUGCUUAUAAAGGUUGUGGCAGAAACACCAAUUAAACAAGCAGAUCCUCUGUUACUUAAUUAUGGAUGUUUAAAUAAUGAUCUUUUCCUUUUGGACUAUGGGUUCGUGAUACCUUCAAACCCUUAUGACUGCAUUGAGCUCAAAUAUGAUGGAGCUUUGCUGGACGCCGCAAGUAUGGCUGCUGGGGUAUCAUCCCCUAACUUCUCUUCACCAGCUCCAUGGCAGCAACAAGUCCUAUCCCAGCUAUAUUUAGAUGGAGAAACUCCUAACCUUAAGGUAACUAUAGGAGGCCAGGAGCUUGUAGAGGGACGCCUAUUAGCAGCUCUCAGAGUGCUUCUCACAAAUGACUCGAAAAUAGUGAAAAAACAUGAUUUAGACAUACUGAAAUCCUUAUCAGCAAAUGCUCCUCUUGGAAUUGCAAAUGAGCUAGAUGCUUUUCGUACUCUUAUCGCACUAUGUGUGAUAGCACUAGGACACUUCCCUACCAAAAUAACGGAUGAUGAAUCGUUGUUGAAACAGGGCGUUUCAGCUUCAACCGAAUUGGCCAUUCAAUUCAGAAUCCAGAAGAAAUCCUUAAUUGUAGACACGAUGAGAGAUCUCACUAGGAGGGUGAAGAUACUUUUGUCGAAGAACAUGGCCACUACUUAAGGCUUAUUUGUAAUGGAAGGGGGCAGUCUUUUCGACUAUGACCUGUGUAGCUCUUAUUGGGGUUAUUGCUGCAACAUUAUCAUGUAUGUUGCCACUACUUCCUUCUUCAGUUUCCAUAUUUUCUAGAAAAUUUUGACUGAUUUUAUUGCUAAUGUCGUUUUAUUGGUUUUA